CUGCUAGUUAAAGCAAACAUCCUGUUGGAAUAGAUGUGUUUUUAAUCUGUUAAAAUCUUUUUUGAUUAAAUGGACUGUCUUGAAUUUUUCAGAAUGGAGAUCUCAUCAGUUCAUUUUUCUUUGUCAAAUUUAAAGAAAUGAACAUCAGACCAAUUGCAAACUGCAGUUGCUUGCUUUCUUGUUUCUACACCAAAUGAGAGUCUAUGUAAAAUUCAUCCAGAAAACUGUUAUUUUCUUUUUUGAGAUCAUGAAAAUAAACUCUCACUGACUUCUGGAAACAGAAGGUACAAAGCCUGCAUUCUAAGAGUGAUUUCUCCAGCAGUUUCCAGCUAUCACAUUUUUUUUCUCUCAGAAUUUAAAGCUGCCUCAAAUAUGAAGAGCUGUAAAUCAAAUAAUGUGGAUUCUGGUUUGGAGUCAGAUAUGCAGUGCAAAAGUGGAACAGGCUGUAUAAUGAAAUGUAGUUCUGAAAGGAUGGAGAGUGCUGCCAAGAGGAGGCUGGCUGCUAAUGCCAGGGAAAGAAGAAGAAUGCAAGGACUGAACACAGCCUUUGAUCGAUUGAGAAAAGUGGUUCCACAAUGGGGUCAAGAUAAGAAACUAUCCAAAUACGAGACCCUUCAGAUGGCAUUAAGUUACAUUAUGGCUUUAACUAGGAUCCUUGCUGAAGCAGAGAGAUACAGCACUGAAAGAGACUGGAUUAACCUUCACUGUGAGCAUUUUCAUCAGGAGAGCUACCACACUUACAUGGGACAGAAAAUGACAAUAGACAGUGACCCUUAUGCACAAAGAAUCUUCAGCUAUCAGCCUGAACAUUUUCAAAUAGCUAAUUAGAGUUAAUUAUGAAUAUUCAGCAGGCCAAAUGAGUAAUUUUGCAAAAGUUAGUGAGAAUUAAUCUGCUUGAAUAAGGUAACCUUGUCACUAUAAUAGUUAUAUUUGCUUGUUUGCUUCUUGUACUGAUGUUACUUAUGUAAGUUUGUUUAGAAAACUUUAAAUUAAUAUGCACCUAAGAAGAUCAAGUUUGCUUCCCUUAUUACUAAUGAAAUGCUCAUAACAAGUUUGUUUUACCCACCACAUUUGUGAUGAUUCUCUAUAGUUCAUUUAGUUCAAAAGAUGCAUUAUUUUUACUGUGCUGGAUUACAUGGGCCAAAUAGAUAUGAUAUUACUAAAUGGAAUAAC